CCAGCGACCUCCCCGGGUGAGUUGUGCGAGGCAACGAGACGGACUCCUCGCUUGUCGUCCCGUGUCCCCCGCCCAGCCCCCCGCUCUCCCGCUCGGGCAAGCCGUGGCCUGCCGUGCGCGCGCACGCGCGCGCCCAGCCCUACCUAACGAGGAGCACGCAGGGCUCUGGCCGUGCUAACCCCGGCACUCCACGGCACCCGCGCCGCGGAUGGAUUCCUGCUUGGCUGGGCUGACUUCGAUGGUCGGUCCAGUGGAUGGGGAUCUGCUUCGCUCUGAAGGCAUUGCAGAGCGAGCGCCAGGCGGAGAUUCGAGCCUUACUCGGCAAGUGGGCCAAUAGGAGCCUUCGUCCCUUCUGUGGCAACGGCCAGCGAGGCAGGCUUGCUAGCUAGCUUGCUUGCUUGCUUCAGGGCAGGGUGCGCGCGCGCUCACCUCCUCCGCGCGUCAAGACCAGGUGCGUGCGUGACCUUCCUUUCCCACUUUACGCAAUAGGAUGAAGGAAUAGAAAAGGGUGAAAAUAUCAGCAGUCCAGAACUCAUGGUGAAUCCAACAGUAACAACUGAAUGUGCCUAUACAAUGGAAGGGAAAUGUAUUAUGGAUACAUAUCUCACUUUCAUCUCACUUCCAAGAGUUGAUCAGAAAUGACAUCUAAGGAAUCGUAACUGACAUACCCUGUCAAGCUGAAAUGGCGGACACAGAAAGUCAGCUUUAUCCCCUCAUUCCCUUGGAGGAAGAGGGUCUUGAUAGUCCUUUGUCUGGAGAAUUUUUUCAAGAUAUGGAGAACAUAAAGGAACUCUCGCAAUCCAUAAGUGGGGACAGUUCAGGAGCAUUAAGUGUAACAGACUUCCAGUCCCUGGGAAAUGGACCUGGAUCUGAUGGGUCAUUCAUUACAGAUUCUCUCUCACCAGCAUCAAGUCCUUCAUCUGUGAAUCUUACCACAGUUCCAGGUAGCAAAGAUGAACCACCCAGUGCAACAUUAAACAUUGAAUGUAGAAUAUGUGGGGAUAAAGCUUCAGGCUACCAUUAUGGAGUGCAUGCUUGUGAAGGUUGUAAGGGCUUUUUUAGGCGAACAAUCAGACUAAAACUUGCCUAUGACAGAUGUGAUCGCAACUGCAAAAUUCAGAAAAAGAAUCGUAAUAAGUGCCAAUACUGUCGUUUUCAAAAGUGCCUUUCAGUUGGAAUGUCUCAUAAUGCAAUUCGAUUUGGACGGAUGCCGAGAUCAGAGAAGGCAAAAUUGAAAGCUGAAAUUCUAACAAAUGAACAUUGUGUAGAAAAUUCCGAAAUUGCAGACCUUAAAUCACUUGCCAAGAGAAUUUAUGAUGCCUAUUUGAAAAACUUUAAUAUGAACAAGGUCAAAGCCAGGCUCAUCCUUGCGGGGAAAACCAGUAACAAUCCACCAUUUGUUAUACAUGAUAUGGAUACAUUGUGUAUGGCAGAGAAGACACUGGUAGCAAAACUGGUAGCCAACGGAAUACAGAACAAGGAGGCAGAAGUUCGAAUCUUCCACUGCUGCCAGUGUACCUCAGUUGAGGCUGUAACAGAACUUACAGAAUUUGCCAAAUCUAUCCCUGGCUUUUCUAAUCUAGACUUGAAUGACCAGGUGACCCUAUUAAAAUAUGGAGUUUAUGAAGCCAUUUUUGCUAUGUUGGCUUCUGUAAUGAACAAAGAUGGAAUGCUAGUAGCCUAUGGAAAUGGUUUUAUAACUCGAGAAUUCCUCAAAAGCUUAAGGAAGCCAUUUUGUGAUAUCAUGGAGCCAAAGUUUGAUUUUGCAAUGAAAUUCAAUGCAUUGGAGCUAGACGAUAGUGAUAUCUCUCUCUUUGUGGCUGCUAUAAUUUGUUGUGGAGAUCGCCCUGGCCUUGUAAACAUAGGACACAUUGAAAAGAUGCAAGAGGGCAUUGUACAUGUACUAAAACGUCACUUGCAAAACAACCAUCCUGAUGACAUCUUCCUUUUCCCAAAACUUCUUCAGAAAAUGGCAGACCUCCGACAACUUGUCACAGAGCAUGCUCAACUUGUUCAGAUAAUCAAAAAGACUGAAUCUGAUGCACACUUACAUCCUUUGCUACAAGAAAUCUAUAAGGAUAUGUAUUAACACUUUAGUUUUUGUAUGAUAUGUAAGGACAGCAGGAAUAUUAAUAGAUGGGAACAAACUAAUUUGCACAAUUAUUUCUCUUGUACUUUAAUCUCAGAGCAUUUAUGAAGAUAAAAAUUAGGUAACUGGAAUAUUGCAUAUUCUCUGCCAGGGUGUAUUUCUAAGUACUUAAGAGAAAUUGUAUUGUGCAUAUAACUGGUGAUCUGUUGUGAUUGACUUGAGACUUGGGCAGCAGUGGAAUUUUUAAGUUCUGUCACAUCUGAAGCCUACUAACAUAUUUAUUAGUUUCUGCACUUUUAAGUCUUCAUCCUCUCCUCUUCACUACAGCAAGAAAGUUAGCUAUUUUGGACCAGGAUUCAAGAAUCUUUUUUGGAUGCCCAAGAGGACUUCAUUUCUCCAACAGCUAUUCCCCAUUUUGCAUUGGGAAUUACUUCUGAAACUCAGGGGGGUUUCAAAAGCAGAUUAGUAUAUGGCAUAGUGUGAGCAGAGGAAUUGGUCAUUUGAAAAGAAACAAGUCCAGUAUUCCAUACUUAAUGCCUUAGAUAUGUCUAAAUUAGCUCUUUGGAUCCUAGCCCCUAUCUUUGUCAGGAAUCAAUGCAUUUGAUACUAGUUUGGUGUCCAUAGAUUAGUGGGUUUUCUUUCUUUCUUCAGUGCUCUUCUUUUCUUUCUUUAGCUGCAAUCCUGUGCAUAUUUCCUAGGAAGUGUAUUCCGUAGAAUUCAACAGUUGUCAUGUUAGAUCAACCAAGAACUUAAGAAGCAUUUCAGAUACACCUACAGUGGUGGGCAUGCCAGUGGGAUUUUUUAAAAAAAUUAAGAAAAGAAAAAGCACACCUCACCCUAUGCCAUAUUGCAAACUACUUUUGAAAAUCUUCAUGUUCAAAAUCAAAUUCAUGCAGGUUAGGGUAUACUUGUUCUGAGAGAUACUUGCAAACCCAAAGUUCUAUUGGUCAUGCAGAGCCACUUGCAUAGAUCUUGAUAUCUUAGUCCCUCAGGUUGGAUAAAUUUUGAAUUUCUAAAAUAGUUCUGUAAAAGGCUGUAGCCACAACUGAUUUUUAUUCUUUGAUUGAAUGAUGUAUGUCAAAUCAGCAAUGUUAUACAGAAGUAGAAGAAGACUGCUUCCAUAUAGUUUGCAUUGAAAUGAGGAACAGGAGUUGGUUUUUUCCUCUUGAAAAAAUCUGGAUAGCAGCCCUAGUCUUCUGGUACCAUUUAAUUAGGCAGUGACAUUUGUUAAAGAUUUAUCCAAGCCCAGUGUUCAGCACUACUUUAUACUGUCUUAUUACGACCUGUCUACACUCAGCUGAAACUGGUUUAAUAGUCAUUACCUCCCCUGGAAUCCUGGGAGCUGUAAUUCUGUGGGGUGGGGGUAGCUAUAGAACUGCCUUGGAGACUUUGGAAGAAAGGUGGUAUGUUAGUGAUCUUCACUAUUUUUCAAGCAGGAUCCACUUUGACAAAAAACAAAACAAAACAAAACUUCAAUGUGAGAGACAUUUCCCACUGCACAGUAUUGUACUUUUCAAGUCCUGAGAGGGCACUUUGAGAGAGACAGAGCUCUGAACUCUGUGAGGAAAGUGCUGGGAAGGGCUACACUUCCCAAUACUCUGUGCAUGCCUUCCAAGAAGGUUCAGAGACUUAAGAGGAGUACAUUUCCUUUAAAGGAACCCCACUACUCUGGGCAAAGUAUAGUACUGCAUGGAGGGAAUUUUUCAUUUAUAACUGUGAAGUUAGAACCUGAGAACUUAUAGAAACUUCAGUGAUUAGAUUAGUAGAUUUCUGUUGAACUGUGCACUAGAAAACUGCUUGGACUAUCAUUCGGAGUACUCAGGAUUGGGGCAAUAAUUUAGGCAUUGAUAUUGGCUACCUCAGCAAAUUAUGAAAAUAGGAAGCUACUAAUUAGAUGAUUCAAAAUAUAUAACAUAUGUAAAGGUAAGUUUAGCAACUCUAAGUGAAUGAGAUCUGUUCUCAUUCUGACUUCCAUCAUGCAGAAAGAGUUCAGAGAUAACACAUAUUAUGGAAAUUCUGCAUCACUAAAAUAUGAAGAUGUAAUUAAUAUUGGAUGCAAGUGUUAUUAAAAAUUACUCAGCAAAAUUUAUCUUUUUUUAAAAAAAAUCUAAUAUGCACCUGAAUGCAUUAAGUGUCCAUUUGUACAACUGGUAAUAUACCAAAAUCCUAUUCAGAGGAGUACUGGUAAGCUAGAGAUGCAAGAAGUAGAACUUCACCCCAGAUUUAAAUGUCCUGGGAUGCAUUUCACUGUGCUUUUUAAUGCAGUGUGUCUACAUGUUUCAGCUACCUAACUCAUGUACCCAGAGGACUUGCACUGAGUGAUUUUUUGACAACAUGUUUAUCCCACCACCCACGGGUGAUGUGCAAAGCAGGGGAUUUUAUGGAUAACCAGAAUGUUUCCCUCUACCAAAUUAAUGUUUUUCAGUUAAAAAAAAAUACCUUUCUGAUAACACCAUUUUCAAUCAGUCUUUCUUAUUGUAGUAGAUGAGCACAUAUAACACCAUUUUACUUUCAUGGGCCCUUUAGGCCUCUCAUUGCAGUCUGAUAUUUAGUAACAUCCAGAAAGAAAGAGGAAGGGAAAGGGGUAGUUAAAGUAGCAGCAAUUGUUUCAGUCCAUCCUGUUGUGACUUUUAUCACAUCUUUACAGGUUUAUAAGGUUAGGAGAAGCAUCUGAACAAAUAAUUGAAAUAACUGGUCAUAUGGAAAGUGGUAUUAUAUCUGAAAUUGGGUUCAGCUCUAAUGGUGACAUUAUUGUUGCCUCCAUUUUUAUUGGAUCGUAUUAGUGGAAAUUCCCUUAACAAAAAACAGCUGCCAGUUGGGCCUCUGACAUAUAAAUUCUACAUCUCUCAUGACUUUGAACUGCUAAUUAUUACUUCCGUACUUGUGGGGGCAUGUGCAGAAGGAGGCUCCUAUAAUUGCAGUGACAAGUGGGAGGCACAGUGCAUGCCUGUUCACUCUGUUGGGUCAAGCCACUACUGAAACCUUGCUUAUAGGACACACAAUGACUGAAGUACAUUGGGAGCACAGUUGAAGGGGGCGGGGGACUUGGCAAAAUCCUUUACAGGCCAUUCUUCCCCAUCCUCAUGUCAGUCCAUAAGAGAAACAUUUUCGCACGACACUGAGACUCUCUGUAGCAAAAGUGGUGAAUGCCCCUCUUCUGUACAAUACCCUAGGUUGGCCACACAGCUUUCAAGACCAAAGAUGUCUUAGCAGCACCUGCUGCCAACAUUGGCAGUGUAGCCACAGAUUACUUAAGCCAUAGGAGAUUCCUCUGAAGAUGAGGUCAUGUCUGUUGUGGAGGUCUUUCUCCCUUGAUCAGAAUCAGGUAAAUGUGGCAUGUGAGCCAUGUCGUAAGGGCACUUCUUAAAACAGAGCACUACAGUUGAUUUUCCAGCAAGAGAACAUAAGGUUGGGACAAUACUUCAAGUGACCUGUGUAACACCAAUCUCAUGUUGAAUUGCCACCUGCUUCAAGCAUGCUUGCUUGCUUGCUUCUAGUGCAAUCAUAAAGAGGUAGGAGUUGUAGCUCACUAACGAAUGGGAUUGCUUGGUUUGGGUUCUGAGGACUAAACUAUGCAUUGCAUUACAUUAAGCAUAUGCCUGACUGUGCUUGUUCUUUAUAGCAGUCAUUGUGGGAGAGAUCCAGAUGGGGACUGUGGCAGGAAUAAAGGGUUAAAAACCUCACAUGCUGCCGUCUUGAUUCAGAUCUCCAACUGCUAUUUUUAAAAAAAUCAAAAAGUGCCAGAGCCAAGUACAUGCUUAACAUUUCUGAGGUUGGGUUUUUAUUAACCUGUGCUUGAUUGAAUUCCUUUACUUCAUCACGCAACACUCUACCCCAUAGAAGCCAAUGAGAGCAAUUGAGAACUAAGCCCACAUGAAUCCAUAUAGCCCUGUACCAUCACCUACAUAGCUCCACUCUGGGUUUUGUUUCUUGGUAUUCCCUGGUGACAUAGAACUGGUUUACAUAUGCUAUGAUGUUGCAUUUAUUAUUAUUACGAAAAGUAACUUAAGAUACCUGAUGUCCUGCUCUUACUGUUUACAUAAUAAGGGUUUUCAUUCACAAGUUGAGAACAGUUAGUUAACCUGGAGUGUUUGCAGCUGUGAAACAAGAUAAUUAAAUAUUUUCAGUCACAUGGAUACCUUUAAAACAUCAGGGGAAAAUCAGAGUUGUGCAUUGUAUCCGUUGUGGGUUUGUUCAAAGUUAUGUUAUAAUCACGCUUGCCAUUAAUGUGCACUGCAGGUACUCCAGUUAGAGUACUCCCAUAAAACUGUUUACAAUUGUUAUAAACCUGAAUUUCACAGUAUCAAGAGAAUUGGAUCUGAGGUUUAAUAGGAAUAAGUUUACCUAUCCAAUGACUUCUGUCACUAUAAAUUUAGGUAUAUUAUGCACUGAAUUUGCACUGUAUUUGUAAUAUAACUUUUAAAAAAUCUGUGGGGAGCAAUUUAUAAAUCAACAUUACUAUGCAGCCCCAAUAAGAUAGGGCUUGUGUAGGAUUCCAGCCAGCACCAUUCAGGUGGAUGGGAAGGUUGUACAGCAUCAUUGUUUGGUGGAUUGUGCUAUUAAUGAUGAUAAAGGUCAUCAUGACUGCACAAGACAGACGCUCUACAUGGACACCUUUUGCCCCCAAGUACAAAUGUAGCAAGAGACAAAGCCAUAUAUACAUCCUGAUGCUUGUAUCUAAUCAUGUUGACUUUGGCGCUAUGGAAUCAGACCUCAUGUAGAAACAUGUUGGUGGACAGUAAUUUAAAUAUUUGUGCCUUGAGUUUAAUUGGAAGCAUUCUAAUGUGAUAUGCAGGGCAACGUAAGCAAUAUCUAUUCUAAUCAGAACUACCUUUGUCAAUAUUUGCAAUGUAUAGUUACACCACAUGCUUAUAAUGAGAGCAAUUUUUAGACUGCAGAUUUGAGCAGAGUACUAAGGCAGCAAUAAAACUAAAUCUGUGAAAAAUGGUCACAUGUAUUCUGUUGUGAUGUAAUGUACUGUAACUAUUAUAAGCUUGAUUUCUGUUGCUUUGCUUCUGAAACUGUUGUGGUCUUGGGCCAUUUUGCAGUUAAGAUAUUAUUUGAAUCACACUUGGAAAGAGAACACAGCACAGCAAGAGUUGGGUUGAAGAAAGCAUCAAAGCUGAAAACUCAUGUACACAUUUUAGAAGUGUUCACAACUGGAGAACUGUUAUGUAUCACUCUGGUUCUAAGACACUACACAUUUUGUAAGUAUUGUAGAAUUUGGCCCAAGGAUUUAAUGAAUAUUUUAGUUUGUGUACAUAAAUCCAUAGAAAUUUUGAAACUAGGGUUUUUUAGGGGGAAAGGGAGGUUUUGGAAAAAUGGAAACAAUGUCAUAUUUAUUUUUGUAUCAAACUUUACUGUUUUAAAGAUACAAAAUGAAUUAUGUACAGCUUAGUACAUACUAUUUUUUCCUUUUUAAAAAAUAAAACUAAAGCAUUCAUACACUUAAAAUGUCAAAAGCAUAUUUAAACAAAAUUACAAACACAUGUAGGAAUAGUUCAAUGUGUUCCUCUAGUAAAGAUGACAGUGCAUCCUGUGAGGGGCAAAGACUGAAAUGCAUCUGGGAUUUGAGAGCUAUAUAUUCCUCUAUGAUACAGGAUCAGCAUUGUAAUUAUCUAGUAUCUUCCAUUGUCUUACAUAGGGAGGCUAUUCACAUGAGCAUGCAAAACCGGGCUAAGGGAGCCCAGCCCGGUUUUGCACACCUGUGUGAACCAUGCGGAUUGGGCUGAUCCUGGCAGCACUACAGCAGCAAACCCAGCUAACUAGCCACCUUUUAAAACGAGGUUAAGGGAGCACUCACUCCCUUAACCUCACUUCUCUGGGUGUGUGUCAGGCUGGCAGACUCAGGGUGGGGGAGGGGGAUCCCAAUCAUCCACCGUGCACUCAUGCAGUGCAUUAUCAAAGCUCUGAGGGGCUGUGGGGGCACAUCCCUGCACCCCGGCCGUCAGAGCUACCAGAAGAGCUACCGGCAGAGCUAUCUGCCCAUCCAAGGAGGAAGAACUGCUCAUCUUUGGGGAAGUUAUGUUUAAGCGGCCUUCCCCACAGCCUCUCCUCUAGCCCUUCUUGCUGCUCAUGAGAAGAGGCUCAGUAUCUUUUCAUAUUGCAUAGUUGUUGGGCACCAUUUUUAAAAAGUAAUGGGCAGUAAAUAUUUUAGAACCAUGCCUUGUCAAGUAUUUAAUGAAUCAUUCUGAGAGAAAAUGUUUCAAAAGAGUAUUUCAAAUAUUCUAAAAAUUUUAAGCCUCUGCCUUGGUGUGGGGUAUAUGUGGUUAGAGGCAGGGGCUAGAAAAGAAACCUGAAUGUUGCUGCGCUUUCACAUCUCCAUGUAUACAUAACUUCCAUUGCUGGCAUGCAAAGGCAGACUUGGUUCACUCAUGGCGAAGUGUGUGUUCUCUGAGACUCUUCUAGCUCAGGUAUGUCCUUUGGCUGUUGUACAAUUUUUUUAAUCUGAAUGCCAUCAAGAUCUUCAUGCUCGAGAGAGAACAAUGCUAGCCUGAAACACCAUGGGCACUUUGAUGGCAUGAUAAUUCAUUGAGCUGUUUCCAGACACUGAUUGCAUUACUUCUCUCAGGUGGAUUGCUUAAUGAAAUCUAGAAUAGGAAAUGGGUUAAUGAAAUGGAGUUCAGCUCCAACUGCAUCUCCUGCAGAGUUAUGUCUGUCUCUCUUCCCUCUUCCUUUACAGAGGGCUGCUAUCCCUCUGCACUUCAGUAACGUCAUGGCAAGACAGCUUUUGAGGAGCUUCAUGGUUUGUUCCCCCAGUAUUGCUCUUCAGUAUGGGGAAAGAGAAACAGCUCAUGUUUCAUAUUGCUGACUCGUGCAGCCCCCUUCUGCCUCUUGGGAGAAUGGAAUGUGAUUUUGCUGAGUUCACACAGAUGGGUGUGUUUUUCUGUGAACUGGUGUCUUCACAUAGUUGGCAUAAUCCCGACCUGCUUUCUAGGAUGAUAGGGAUACAUUUAGAGCUGCCACCACCAUGAGAAUUGGCAGCUGUUGAUACACUACCCCAUUAGAGGAAUGAUUCACACCAACAGUGCUUCUGGGUAAUGCUGGCCAGGUCAUGAGCUUGAAGCAACUAGUGUGAAGGCAGCCACACUUUGAAUAUGCUAUCCAUCUCUGUCGAUCUAGGGCAGGCCUGCUCAACUUUGGCCCUCCUGCACAUGUUGGCCUACAACUCCCAUAAUCCCUGGCUAUUGGCUGCUAUGGCUAGGGGUUAUGGGUUGUAGUCCAAAAAUAGCUGGGGGCCCAAAUUUGAGCAGGCCUGAUCUAGGGGCUUGAGCCAAGGAGGAUAUGACUUCUCACAGGUAGUGCAAAUGAGUCUCUUAGGUGUAGGUUUCCCUUCAAUAUCUUCCAUUUACCAGUUUCUUCUGCUUUCCAAGCACCAAGAGAUGGGGGUAGACAGUCUAAGAGAGAUAUGUGAUUCCUACAGUUAAUGUGAAGAGGCAACACAGUUGUUGUUUUUUAAAAGGAAAUGCCAGUGCUGUCUGCAUUUCUAAUGAAGAACACUUGUGAAAUAUGCAGUCCAUGGUGGUGCAGGAAAGCAUUCAGGCCUUAAUUGACCUCCAUAACAGGAGUAGUGGCCUGUACGGGCAGAGUAAAUUACCCACCCCAACCCGGGUGAAAGAGCAGCCAAUGUGCUUAGGGUGCUUAACACAGUGGUUGGGGAGGCAAGGCAGCUGGGAAGAGAGAGUGGGAAUGAGCGGCACCUGCAGCUCAUUUACAGCACCUGCUCCACCCCCAUAGACUGCUACUAAACAAAGCAAUAGUUAACUUUUUCAUAAUGUAACUACUGUAAUGAGGGGGGUGUUUUGUCCAGCAUGUACACUGGAAGUUGUUGAGCAUCUGAAUUCAAAUCCUAGUCUUGGGCCAGUCUAGUCUUAAUUCUCCGACAGACAGCUAAAUGGGAUCUCAAGCUUUGAACAAAAGCUGCCAGGGAUUAAGGGGCAUGGAAAAUUCCAGGCAUGUAUAUGAGCUUUUAUUUAGCGUUUCAUUGACAACCAAUACAUUGCCAUUUUUGUUGCUGAUUAAUAUGAACAAAAUUACAAGUUUAAAAAACUGUGAAACUGAACUUGAUUUUUAAAAGUGUUCCUUAAUUCUUCUGUCACAUCUUGUGCCUUUUGGAGUGAUUCCCAAGUUUACAAAAUGUAAGGAUGUAUUUGAUAAACAAUGCCGUUAAAGUUAUAAUUAUUGUUUCUCACUAAGUGAUUCUUUGGUAUGGCAAUAUAAAGAUGAAAUACAGUUUAUAUGCAUUUUCAGAUGCCACUUUUAAUCUUGGUUUACUUUUCUGGUGUUGCUCAUAGGUGAUGGUUUAUGGGGAAAGUAUCAGGUGGGUGUUUAAUAAAUACUGUUGAAUGAGUGUAUCGGAUUAGUUGAAAUUGUUCUCAGCAUUCACACUUAAGGGAGGGAAGAUGAAAUGAUCUGCUGUUUUCACAAAGCUUACACACUUCCCACAUAUAGGGAUAGAUGGGGCUACCUGGUAGCAGGGUGGUUAAAUUCAGUCACAAGUUGAAAUUUAACUCCCAUUAAAUUCAGGAACAGCCUGCACUGGUGUGAUCAGAUGUGAGGGUGAAAUGGCUCAGGUAAAACACAGAACGUAUAGAAAGGCAAAAACUGAGCUCUCGCUUCCUCUUUGCUUACAGACACAAAAUGUGAGAAUUUUAACUAAAGGACAGUCACCAGCCAUCAGGAUCAGCAGUGGCAUGCCCCUGAACACCAGGGUGCUAGGGAACACCAGCGGGGAGGGGCAGUUUCCCUCUUUCCCCCACUUGUGGGCUUCCCAAAUGCACCUGAUUGACCCCUGUGUGAAGCAGGAUGCUGGACUAGAUGGGCCUUUGGCCUGAUCCAGCAGGGCUUUUCUUAUGUAUUUUUUCAAUGUAUUUUUCUAACUAUAAAUUUGACUGUUUGGAGAAAAUAUGGGAUUAAAUAAUAAAACACAUAUUUGAUAACUCUGCUAGGAUCUUGUCGGAACCUCUGUGUGCUUCAAACUCUUUUGUAAGACUGUUGAAUGUAUGUAUAAAGGGGGUAAUUUCAAUGUUAGUGUUUUGCUUAAAAUAAAUGUUUUUAAACAUA